UGUCAAGGUCAGGGAUACCGAACGCGCAUCAAUUAAUUGUAAACCCAUGGUAGUAAGAACCACAAACUGAGGCAAUAACUCUACCAUUCUUUGACGCCUCUAUAUGACACCAGUAAAUCCUGAGAAAUAUUAUUUCUCUAAGAUUCAGCUUUACGACCCUAAUGAAAUCAUAAAUUACGGGAUUCAAAAGCAAAUUCAAAAGAAAAAUAGAAGGAAACUAGCUAAACUCGAAAAGCAGGGUAUAUUUGUUGGCAGAGACCCAAUAAAAUUGUUGAAAAAAGCUAACAAGAGUUCAAAAUCAGAAAUUAACAAUGCAGAUCUGACAUCCGUUGAUAUCAUUCGCAAAAAGUGGAAAAUUGCAUCACUCAGGGCUCAAGGUGUGAAGGUUAAAGAUGACAUGUCACUUUUGAAAAGGGCAGCUGAUAAGGUACAUAAACUCAAACAGAAACGAGCUAAAAACUGGAAGAAGCGUAUAGAGGCUAAUGAAGAAAAGAAACGUGAGAGACAGGUUAAAAGAACCACCAAUAUUCAAGCAAGAAGAUCGAGAAAACUUUCAAAGAAACUAAAUAAAGCUCGUGAAAAAGGGAGAAUUUUCUUUGCCUGUGAAUAAACAAUUGUAUUUUGUGCUUAUUCUAAAACACUUCGAAACAAUUACUCACUGAUGAGCAUUUUG